AUGUCCGGCAAAAUCACCCGCGUCACCCUCUUCAAGAUCCCCAAGGCAGAGGAUCAACAGCACCUCAUCGAUCUCUACAAGCAAAUGCCUCAAAAAGCCACAAAAGACGGAAAGCCAUACAUCGUCUCAGUCCAAGCUGGAAAAGCAAAAGCAGACCAACGGUCUCAAGGCUUCACAAUUGUGGCUAUCUCAACAUUCGCGUCGCAGGAGGACUUUAACUACUACGAUACACAAUGCGCUGCGCAUCUUGAGCUGAGGACUUUUGCAAAGAGUGUUAAUGAGGGCGUGGCGAUGAUUUACUUUGAGAAUGAGAUUGUAUAG